AUGUCUGCGUCCUCUGAACCUGACACAAACCCCCGCGGCAUUCCCCGGGCCCCCUUCGUCGACAAUGUGGCCGAGUUUGUGAGCAAGUCGGGCGUCAAGGAAUCGCUCGACAAAUUCCAGGAAAUGCUGCAAAAGUACAAGUAUAUGGAAAUGACGACUUUACAGCGGCAGGCCGGGCUCAAGGAGAAGAUUCCGGACAUCCAAAAGUCGCUGGAGAUGGUGGAGUUUCUGCAGCUCAAGGGUUCGGCCGGCGAAGACGUGGUGACCAACUACGAGCUCAACGACACGCUGUACACAGAAGCCAAGAUCGAGGCGAGCGGCAUUCAGUCUGUCUAUCUGUGGCUGGGCGCCAACGUGAUGCUGGAGUACGAUGUUGCCGAGGCCAAGCAGCUGCUGAGUGAGCGGUUGGAGGGUGCCAAGAGAGGCUACGACACCGCCGAGGAAGAUGUGCUGUUUCUGAGAGAAAACAUCACCACCGUUGAGGUGAACAUUGCCCGUGUGCACAACUGGGACGUAAACCGACGUAAGAAGGAGCGUGAGGAGGCGGAGCGAGCGGAAAACAAGUAG